GUUUUUGCUGUACUACUAAGGGAUACUGUCAAGCAGCCAUCAGUCAUUAUAGAGAAAAGGAACUCAAGCAUAUGGCAAUUUGUUUUUUAAAUUAUUAUUUCACAAAUAUAUUGGUUUAUUUAAUUAAUAAUUGACUAAAUAUGCUAUCCGUAUAUUCAAUGUUCAGUACUGUUCUCAAGUCCCAAUGCCCUAAAUGUUUCAGGUUUCGGACAUAUGUCACCAGAAAGAGAUUUUAUCGGUGUACGGGUAUAAUUCAAAAUGAAAACAAAUGGGAAGUAACUUUAGAUCAACGUCGUUUAAAAACGCCAAAUGGUCGUAUUCUAAUGGUUAAUAGUGAACCUCUCGCUCAUGCCAUAGCAGCAGAAUGGGAUGCUCAGAAAGAUACAAUAGGGCAACCUACUAUGCAUCUGACUGCCUUAUGUAACACUGCAUUAGACAAUCCUGGAAAACUGACAACACAUGGCAUUGCUAGUUAUUUACUGGAUUACUUCCCAACAGACACUCUUCUUUUUCAUUCAGAGGAGGAAGAGCUCAGAUCAUUACAAGAAAAAAAAUGGACUCCUGUAAUUGAUUGGUUUCAAAAGAAAUUUGGAGUUACACAAGAAAUUUCCAAAGGGUUAGAGCCUUCACCAGUUACGACAGAGACCCGAGCUGUGCUAGCAAGAUAUUUCCUGUCAUAUGAUUUUGCGGCACUUAAUGCUAUAUGUUUUGGAGUAGAAGCACUGAAGUCACCAUUACUGAUGCUGGCUUGCAUAGAACGACAUUUGGAACCAAGAGAAGCAGUUCUACUUGCUCGGUUAGAAGAAGAAUUUCAGUUGAUGCGAUGGGGACGCGUGCCAUGGGCACACGAACUGAACCAGGCGGAGCUGAGCUCGCGCGUGGCAGCUGCACUACUCGUAAUACAGUGCUCCACAGAAAAACACACUACAACUGUAAAGACACCAGUAAACGAACAAGCUGUGAAUUAAAGCCCGUGUAGAGUUGAUGUAGUUCUAAUUAAUUAUAGAAAAAGUGAAUCAUUAUGAAAUGUAAUCCAUUAUUUUUGAGAUGGAAAAUUCACCAAUGUACACAUAGUGGUUGUCUAGUUAGAAGUAAAAUAUCAAUAUAUUAUUACAUGAUAAUAGAGAAUCGCUGAUUACAUGGACAAAAUCUUUUAUUUACUGCCUUUAUUUCAGUUACAAAAAUGUAACUGCAAUAUUUCACGUUUUCGCUAUGGUAUAACAUGAAUCAAAACAGACUAGGUAUAAUUUAUUGAGCAACGUAAUAAUGUAGGAUUAAUGUUUUUUAUACCGUAGGGGUGGGUCCAAAACGCUUGCGGAUAACGCUGAUAUAGGUUAGUGAUUAUUGUUACCCAUUAACACUUGCAACACACGGGAAUAUAUACUAUAAUUAAGAUUACAUUUAUUAUAGAUUUAGUUCAAUAAGAAUUAUUGAUUAAUUAACAAAAUUGUAAUUAUUCAAAGUUUAAAUACAUACUUCAACAUAUUAAUUGAUUUC